GAAUUCCGCCCCUUCCUGGCGAAGAUGAGGGGCAUUCUCAAGUCUAUUGCAUCUGCAGACAUGGAUUUCAACCAGUUAGAGGCAUUCCUGACCGCUCAAACCAAGAAGCAAGGCGGCAUCACCAGUGAACAAGCUGCAGUCAUCUCCAAGUUUUGGAAGAGCCAUAAGACAAAAAUCCGAGAGAGCCUCGUGAGCCAGAGCCGCUGGGACAACGGGCUUCGGGGCCUGCGCUGGAGAGUGGACGGCAAGUCCCAGUCACGGCACUCAACUCAAAUACACAGCCCUGUCGCCAUAAUAGAGCUGGAAUUUGGGAGAAGUGGACGGGAAUCUGAGUUUCUGUGUCUGGAGUUUGAUGAAGCUAAGGUCAAGCAGAUCUUGAAGAAGCUGUCAGAGGUGGAAGAGAGUAUCAGCGGGCUGAUGCAGGCAGCCUAACUGAGGGAGGGAGGAGCGUUGAAGUGAAAGUGCUCACAGACUUUCUCCACUGACCUUUUUAAAGUCCUGCUUGCCCGUUGGUGUUACAAAAAAAACAUUGUAUACAUGUAUGAAAGUCCUCAAGAAUAAAUAAAAAUAUAUUUUAAAAAGUGGAUAAAAAAGAGGAAAACCCUCAAAUUCAA